UGAACUCGUACUGCAGCUGAAACUGUCGGACGCAGUCUCUCAGUCUAGAGCACCUGCCUCGUGUGUGUAUAUGUGUGAGUGUGAGUUUCACUCUCUUCCCCGUGUCGAUCUACGGAUCGCGUCCCCUUCUCCUUCCCUCCCUCACCUCUCCGAACAAGAUGGAUCAAAAGAAAACAGAACCGGGAUCAUCCCACUGCAACGGGAUGAGCCAGGUUGUGUUGUACGGAGAAUUCACGGCUACCGACAACAUAAAGGUCAGGUAUUCCUUGUGUUUGACAGAGCUUGACCUCACUGUUCAGAAGAUCACAUCGGCAACUGCGGGACAGAGCAAGCUGGUAUUCAACUUGAGAGACUGUAUCGGCUGCCAAGCUUUCAAGGGAGAUGAUAGCACAGACGUUGGAGCUUAUUUUUCCGCGUUUUUUUACCCUUUUAAGAAAAGAUGGAUGAGUUCCGGCGUGGCCCGUCAGAGGGUUGAGCAGUGUUUUCGUGUAGAAUUGGGACAGGACCCCUUUGCGAACCUCGAAGAGGCACAGCAAUGGGCUCGCACAAUCAACGAAUAUUCUGCUCAUCAUCGACCCCACAGAGAGGGAGUGUUGUACAGCCAGGUACGGCAGCCCUGCAGGGUCAUGCUUCUCCUGAACCCUUACAGUGGGAAGGGUCAGGCCCUCGCUCUCUUCAACACACACAUUCAGCGCAUGCUCACAGAGGCCGGAAUCCUGUACACACUGGUCAUCACCGAGCGGCAGAACCACGCCCGAGAGCUGGUGAGGGAGGCUGACCUGACGCAGUGGGAUGCCCUGGUCAUCAUGUCGGGAGACGGGCUGCUGUUUGAGGUGGUGAACGGGCUGAUGGAGAGAGAGGACUGGGAGACUGCCAUCCAGACGCCGCUGGGGAUCCUGCCCGGGGGAUCUGGGAACGCGCUGGCUGCCUCCGUCCACCACUACGCUGGGUACCAGCCCCUGCUGAGCGAGGAGCUGUUGCUGAGCUGUGGCUUCCUGCUGUGUAAGGGCCUGGUGUCUCAGAUGGACCUGGUGUCCAUCAACACGUCCUCCAACCAGCGGCUCUUCUCCUUCCUGUCGCUGGCCUGGGGCUUCGUGGCGGACGUGGACAUCGAGAGUGAGAAGUACCGGUACGUGGGGGCGGCGCGCUUCACCGUGGGCACGCUGGUGCGGCUGGCCUGCCUGCGGGUGUACCAGGGCAGGCUGGCCUACCUCCCCGCCGAGGAGGCAGUGCACCCGGCCGAGGACACCCCGCCCCUCCCCCCCUCCGCCUUCUGCGCCUCCCUGCUCUGCCAGCCCUCCAAGGCCUCCUCCAACCAGAACACCUUCCACAACUCCUGCAACUCCAACAACGCCAUCAAAGCCCGGAGGGGCGAGGCCCCCGCAGGGGCCCCCAGGGGCCCGCGCGACUCCCUCCUGGUGCCCCUGGAGCAGCCGGUGCCCGGGGACUGGACGGUGGUGGAGGAGGAGGACUUCGUGCUGGUGCUGGCCAUGUACCAGUCCCACCUGUCGGAGGACAUGAUGGCCGCGCCCGACUCCACCCUGCAGGACGGGCUCAUCCACCUGUACUACAUCAAGGCCGGCAUCUCGCGCACCGCCCUGCUGCGCCUCUUCCUGGCCAUGGAGAAGGGCACCCACAUGGCCUGCGACUGCCCCCACAUAGUGUACGUGAAGGUGCGGGCGCUGCGUCUGGAGCCCCUCUCCCCGAAGGGGGUGAUCACGGUGGAUGGGGAGUUGCUGGACUACGGGCCCGUUCAGGCCCAGGUGCACCCAGGGCUGGCCCGGCUCGUGUGCGUCUGAGGCCCGGACAUGCGCCAAGCUCCAACGGUCCGAAUGUUGAACUUCUGAUUAUUUUCUUCUCUGUGCUGAUAUUUUACAUACAAGUGCCAAAGUAGUGAGCCUUUGGAAUCUCUUUACAAUAGGAUGUUCUCCUAUAGCAUCGAGCCCGGGCCCGUAUUCGUAAGGUUAGAAAGAGUACUCUUGAGAAAGUGUGAACGUGUGUUUCACCAAUGCAGCUUUUCAACCAUUCCUUACCAUAUGUCUUAGUAUUGCAGUAAAGAUUGUAUAAAUACAUAUAAAAUACACUUUUAAAGAUUAGGAUAGACCUGUUAUUAGCCCAGUCCAUGUGAUCCUACCAGUUUGUUUUGCAAUCCAAUAAUUAGGUUGGCAGAUGAACAACGGCGUCAUUUAAAAAUACUUUUCAUACUGCUUUCUCUGGGAUGAAGUUGCCCAGAUGAAAGUAAUGUAUUCAGCAGUUUAUGAAUUAUAUAUUUAUGUAUUAUUCCAUCCAACAGACAUACUUGAUCUAUUCUCUAAUCAAUCACAUGGAUGUUUAAUCCAUAUUUAAUGCAUUUCAAUUGCAAUGACUUACAACAAAUUUGAUUUCAGUGUGGCCCGAGUAGGAUCUAAAGCAAAGUAACUGCAUAUGUGGCUAUUAAUUUGCCAAUUCAAUACAAGAGAGAAAAGUUAAAUCACAUUUGUGACAGUUCCUACGUAAACACUGAAUAUUUCCAGGCUUGAUCACUGCUGGUAGCACAGUUGAAAUUCAUGUAAUGGAGAGUAGCAGGAAGACAGAGUGGUCAUAUAUUAAAACAGAAUUUAAUUCAACAAACCAAAUAGAACUCUUUUAAAAGAAGGGGGAGCAUUUUUGAACAAAGUGGCACAAAUCAAUACUGUCACAUCUUACAAACCCAAAAUAAGCUGUUUAAACAAAAGCAAUCUUCAGCUCAACAGAUAAGCACUGCACAAAAUCUUUCACUCCUCACUCCAGGAAAUGAUUGGUUAUCUGGAGAGCUGAGCCAUUAAAAUUCCUUAAAGUGAGUUGUGAAACGGGGCUAACGACUGUGAUAUUGUACUGGUGGCAAUUUACAUUAAUGGUACAAUACUUGAAUGCUUCAGUAAUUUUGCACAUGAUUGUCACAGCUGUGUCUUUGCUUCUUUCAUAUUGCCAAAUAACGUCGCCUCAUCCCAUUUUUUUUACUCGAGAGUCCUGACGGCUAUGCCUCGGGUCAGAACGUUCCUUCCGGAUAUUUGACGAAAGCAAUACCUGCGCAGCGUAAUCGCACCCUUCUCAAUAACCUUUAUUUUCAAACAGUUUUACUUCGAUUUUUCUGGUUUCACGGGUACGCCCGGUUCUUGAAACGGUCGGUCUUUCUCAGAAUGCAGCACAGCUGAGUGAAAGGGGGUGGGUGCAGGCUGAGAGGCCCACCAGCGCUGGGGAAGGCGCUGUGCGGACCGGGGCCGGGGUGAGGAGGGCACCGCGCCCUCGUUGUCUCGCUGGAUGAGUGUCACGCGCGCGCAUGGAGCCGUAUUCCCCUGCCCUCUGCUCCCCGCAGCGCAGCGACACACCGUGCCCACAGCACGAGGACCUCGCCUUGCGGACAGCGGCCCUGAGGGUCGGCGAUCUGUGGUAGCUGAGCUGCCGUUUCCGCUCGAAUGUUUCUCCUCGUUAUGCAACCGCCUUUCAUUUCAGUCUUCAGCUCUCAUUGCUGGCAUGUGGAGGCUACAAGUGCUGAAGGUCACUAGUGACAUCUGAGUCAUGUCUAGUGACUAGUGAGUCUUGGUAUCAGCACAGCCGCCACCUUGCUCCUGUAAGGAAUACAAAGCGGCCAUCUCAAUCAACCAUGUUACAGUCGCAGACAAAGCCAUAGUACAGAUUCCUUCAAAACCUCUGCAAAAACUUUUGUGCUUUUGUUGUUCUUUUUACCUGAGCAUUAAUUAGCCUGAUAAGACGGACCUCCCUGUGGGGCAGGGCUGAAAUGGCCUGGCCUUGCACAAACACAGACGGCCUCAGACUGGGCCGCAAUCAUCC